CUUUCUUUUUUAACCACAGGCCUCCUACGAAAACCCGCCACACAUCUACGCUCUGGCUGACACCAUGUACCGGAACAUGAUCAUCGACUCUGAGGGACAGUGCGUCAUCAUCUCGGGUGAAAGCGGUGCCGGGAAGACUGUGGCUGCCAAGUACAUCAUGGCGUACAUCGCCCAGGUAUCCGGUGGAGGACCAAGAGUUCAGCACGUCAAAGAUGUCAUCUUGGAAUCCAACACCAUAUUGGAGGCCUUCGGCAACGCCAAGACCGUCAGGAACAACAAUUCCUCGCGCUUUGGCAAAUACGUUGAGAUUCAGUUCAGCCGAGGCGGCGUUCCUGAGGGCGGACGCAUCUCCAACUUCCUCCUGGAAAAGUCCAGAGUUGUGAGCCAGAGCCCGAACGAACGAAACUUCCACAUUUUCUACCAAGUAUGCUACGGUGCCUCUCCGGAGAUGAAAAAGGAACUUGGAGUGGCCAACCCCGACUACUACAGCUACCUGAACCAAAGCGGAGUUUACAAGGUGGAGGGAACCAAUGAUGCCCACGACUUCCAGGAGACUCUGAAAGCCAUGACGGUGAUGGGCAUGAGCGAGGACGAGCAGACCCAGUUCCUGCGCGUCGUCAUGGGCGUCCUGCACAUGGGAAUGAUCACAUUCGUCGAGAAAGGAAACUACGCCGUCGUCGAGGACGAACAAUGUGAGUAGCAUGCGCGAGCGUUGCUCGAAGAUUCUCAG